GCACGGCGGCUGCAGGGCAGAGCCGGGAGCGCUCUGGGUGGAGAGACUGACUUGUAGGUGGACUCGAUGAUACAAGAGGUUUUUUCCAACCUGGUGAUUUUAUGAUUCUAUGGUGAUUCUAUGACUCUGCUGCUCCCCUCCCUCCCUCCCUCCACCGUCCAGGGGAGGGCAAAGGAGCUGGGAAGGGUCUGGAGCGCAGGGGUUCUGGGAGCGGCUGAGGGAACUGGUUUUGUUUAGUCUGGUGAAGAGAAGGCUGAGGGAGACCUCAUCGCCUCUGCAGCUCCCUGAGAGGAGGUUGUAGCGAGGCGAGUGUCGGUCUCUUCUGCCGAGUCACAAGUGACAGAACGAGAGGAAAUGGCCUCAAGCUGUGCCAGGAGAGCUUCAGACUGGAUAUUAGGAACAAUUUCUUCACCAAAAGAGCUGCGAAGCGCUGGCAGGGGCUGCCCGGGGCAGUGGUGCGGUCUCCAUCCCCGGAGGGGUUCAAACACCGAAUGGCCGCCGUACCUCAGGGCUCGGUUCCUCGGGCACGGCGGCGCUGGGCUGCCGGUGGGACCGGAGGAGCUCAGAGGCCUUUUCCAACCUCACUCAUUCUAUCAUUGUGCCUCCACCCCCGCGGUCCCUUUAAGUGCGGCGGUGACGGGAGGGGCGGGCACAGCUGGCGGUGGCGCGCGGGCACAGCUGGGCGGGGGGGGUGGUGGGAGCAGCGCGCGCCGCGGGCGCCGGUAGCGCAUGGCUCGGCUCGGCGUCCUGCGGGAGCUGGCGCUGACGCUGGCGGCCGCCCUGGCUGUGCUCGGCUCCCUGCUCUGCAUCGCCUGGAAGGUCUGGUCCCGCGGCACCGGCACCGGCUGGGACGACUGGUGGGAGCGGGAGCUGCGGGAGCUGCGGGACCGACAGCCCCCCGGACACGCGCUGGACUGGCGGCAGGUUCUGGUGCUGGGGCUGGAUGGGGCCGGGAAGAGCAGUGUCCUGCACUACAUCUGCAGCCAGACAGCCAGGGAGCACAUGGCACCCACCCAGGGCUUCAACUCAGCCCAGCUCUGCGUCGAGGGGUUGGAGAUGGACCUGCUGGAGGUUGGGGGCAGCCAGAACCUGCGAGCAUACUGGCCCGACUACCUGAGCCAGGCCCACGUGCUGGUGUUCGUGGUGGAUUCCGUGGACAGGUCACGCCUGCUGACGGCGCGCCAGGAGCUGCACACACUGCUGGCCGCGGAGCCCCGGCUGCCCCUGGUCGUGCUGGCCAACAAGCAGGACAAGAGCAAUGCCCUGAGCACAGCAGAGCUGCAGGAGGAGCUGGCCCUACACACACUCAGCGGGCAGCGGGAGCUUUUUCUCCUGCCCACCAGUGCGACUUGGGCCAGCCUGAGCACUGCCACCAGCAUCCUCCACGUCAAGAGCCUGCUGGUCACCCUGCUCUCCCAGUCCUGAGCCCACGCGGGAGGCAGACAGGCUCCCAUCCCUGGUAUGGCUCCUCUUCAGGGUCCACAGAGCGAGGAUGGAGGCUCAGACUCGCUAGUAGCACGCUGCUGGCCAUCGAAUGUUUGUUGUACCCCAUGAGGUUUGGGGUGAAUCCACAGCAUAGCUGCCCUCAGGGAACAUGAGCAGCUCCGCUCUUUAUCAUGGGGAGAGGACAGCCACCUCCCCCAGCUCAGGGACAAAAUAUCCCAUGGGAUGAAGGCACAGGUACAGCUCAUACAUCCUCAUGAGCAGGAACAUGCAGCACAGGGCAAGGCCCCCCACCUUCACAGUAGCCCUACAGGUUAUUAAAUGAAUGGGGCUGAACAAGCGAGGUAGCCCUCUUGCCUCUCAGCAUGGAGGUUAUCCAGGAGAUGGGUUCCUCUUCCUGGAGAACACGAGCAGCUGCUGCUGGCACAGCUCCCUGCCAGUAUGGUGCACACUGGUGAGAAAAACAGCUCAGCCGUCCCUCACCUGAGCCGAGCACAGCCCUCAGUUCCCCAGCUCUGUAUUUAAAGGCCUGCUUAGGAGACAUGAGGGCAGGUGUCGGGCAGCCCUGCUCUGCCCCUUCAGCCUGAGCAGGGGUAAAGAUGCUGGUUGGUGAGAGCUUUACUCAGCGAGCGCUCACCCCCUGCCUGGUCUCCCUCCCUCUCAGCUGCCCCAGGGAGAGGGAACCAGACUCAGGGACCAUGGAAAGCCCCGCCUGGAGGAAGAAGGGCUGCUGGGUGACACCAUGGGGCACCAGCUCUUGGAAAAACUGGUUGUGGAAGCUGGGGAGCACAUCAGGGAAAGGGAGUACACACUGGCCAGUCUCUGCUGCAAAACCUUUUGUACUGUCCCUCCUUCCCCUUUGUCAAUAAAAGGCUGAUCGCUCUGUGCUGUCCUC